AUGCCACCUGGUUAAUCGUAAGCCUUUAUUUCAUAUUUUUAGACAGAAGAACAAAUAAUAAUUAAAAAUGGUGUUGACACCUUAAAAAUUAGAGUUGUUACAGGAAAAUCGUAAGCUACUUAGCCACAUUUUCAGCAUCGGAAACUUGCAUGGGCAGCACAAUCUUCAUAGAGCUAUGCUUAGGUAUUCCUUUUGUUUAAUAAUCUUAAUAGAAUGAGAGCAGCAAUGAUCGAAAAAAAAAUUGAUGUUUCUAAAAUAUCUAAAAAGAUUAAAGGAAAAAUUGUGUCUUAGUUAUUAAGAUAUGAGAGCCAUACAUCCCUUCAUGAGGCAUUUUUAAGGUAUAAAAAUUAAUUAUCAGUAAGAUGGAAAAUACGAGCUGAUCCCGAAAUCGUUAAGAAAGCUGUUGAUUAAAUACUUCUCAACUCAAGAUUAAAUGAAUUUAAUGCUUUUCACAAGUUGAAAAAUCUCAUAGGGUAUUAAUAUUAUAGAUGUAUUUUAGAUAAAAAGAUCCUUAAAAAAAAAUGAAUGCCAAAAAGAGAAAAAAUAUGUGUUUAAUGAAUUUGGCUCUUUUCCUUCAAAAGAAGGAUUUUUAACUAAAAACCGCAGCCAUCUCUGCUUUAAAACCAAAAAAUCAGGAUUCAGAUAAAAUGUUAGGAUUAUUACUCUGGAGCAUUAGUUCUAAACAUAGAGAAAGAUACUUAAGAGAGAAAUUUAAUUGGUGGAGGUUAAUUGCAAAAGUAAAAUCAGAUAAACUCUAAAAAUAAUUGAAAGCCCUUGAAAGAUUAGGGGAUGAAUACAAUAUGAGAAAUGAUAGAUUAGAUCGAUAAAGACUUAAGGAGGUAUAAAAAAUCUAAGAUUAUCUUUUAGGCUUUUGAGAAGUGGAGAGGGGAUUUAAUGAAUUUUAGACUCAAAAAAAAGUUUUUUACUGUAUUAUUAAAAACUACAUUUGGUAGAUUAUAGAGAUGUUAUACUAGAUGGGUCGAUCUACCUGACAAAAGGGAAAAUGACAUGAAAAAGUAAGGAAUGUUAUUAAUAACGAAAUUGGCCAAUAAAGCUGACCAAAAUAAACGAUUGGUCUGGAAUUCCUUUAAGAUUAUUGAUGAUGAUGCUAAAAAUAAGAAAACUAAAGUCAUAAGAGAAUUAAUAGAGGUUACUUUUAAUCAAUCCUAUACAGCCUUCUAUAAAUGGGCAAAUUACAACACCUAUGCUAAAUUAACAGAAACAAACUUAAAAAAAAUUAAGGCUCUUUAAGCUAGUGCUAAUGUUACCUAAUAGUUAGUCAAGUAGGAAACAUUUAAAUUUUUUGGAUUAAGUAAAAAGGCUGAAAUAUGCUAAUUUCUCAAUAAACUGAUUUUAAAAAUAUAAUAAAGACAAAAAAUUGAUGCUCUCAGAUAAAUUGAAAAUGUUAGUAUGCAGAAAAAAAUGCAAGAAAAGUUAGAUAAUAUAAAUAAACAGGAAAUAAUUUCAAGAUUAGGCGAUACAGCGAAUAAAACAGAGAAAGGCUUGCUUAGAUAAGUUUUAAGAAAAUUUGCUGCAUUGAGAGAAUAACAAGAAAUUAAAAAUAAGUAUUUUGGAAGAAUUAUUUUGACUACUAGCGGAAUGGCUAUGGAUGCUUUUCGUAGAUGGAAAUAAUUACCUGAUCCAACAGAAUAAUAAAUGCUAUAAAAUGUUUCAAAGUUCUAGCUAAGACUUUAAUUCCUUUUUAAAUAAAGAGUAAAAUAAUCUUUUGAUCCUUUAAAAGAAGUUUAUUAUUAAGGUAUCUAAUCUAAAAGGUUAUGUAUCAAAUAAAUGUUAAUAAAAUAAUUAAGUGCACCUUAAAGAUUUUUACGUCAAUGGUAAUCUAUGAACAAAAUCUAUAAAUCUGUUAUCGUUUGUUAAAAAACCAAUAAUUUUUUUGAUUCAUUAUAGGAAGUUAUGAAAAAUAAUAUAAGAGCAUUUUUAUUUACUAGAAAGGACGCUGAAAUAAAAGAAAUGUGCUUAGUAAAAUUAAUGUCUUCAUUUACUAAUAAUUUGAUGAUUGCAUUUUUAAAAUGGAAAAAUUACAAUAAACAAUAAAAAAUUUCAGAAAAGAUGGGGGAUGAGAAAAAAAAGUUUAUGUUAAUCAACCUACAAAGAUUUAUAAAGAAUGAUAACUUAAAUAGAUUAAGAAGAAUUUUAAAGCUCUUUUAUAAUGAAAAAUAAGUAAAUUAAUUGAUAAAAAAAAUUCAUUUGAGAGUCCUUCAAACUUAAAUAGGAUAAAUUGAAUUAUCAUUUUUAAAAUGGAAAUCAUUGCCUGGAGAUGAAGCAUUGAAAAAUUAAGCUAAAGUAAGUAAAUUUGCUAUUUCUCUUGGUAAAAUUGCUUAUAGAUUUGUGAAAUUAAAUUCUUGGGACUAAUUAGAAUAUGAAUUAUUAGAUGGAUAAGCUAAAAAAAAGUUCUGCAUAAAUAAAAUUAUUGCUGUUACUCAAAGCGACUUAAAAAAAGCAUUUUUGUUAUGGCAUCGAAAAGCUUGGGAAAUGAAAAUGUUCGAUAAAUUUUCCUAACUUAAUGUGACAUUAAAUGAUUAAAUUGUCAAGUAAAAAUUGAUUGGAUGGAUUAAUGCCGGAUCUAAAGUAAAGUUUUAUGCAUUAACUGAAGUACUUAGAAGAUUCAAUCAUAAUGCAAUAGAAAAUAAUCUCAAAAGAAAGGCUCUUGCUAUAAUAAAUAGAAAUACAAUUUCAUAAGUUUGGCUAUCAUUCAAUAAGUGGAAAUAACUACCUGAAGAUGAUAAUGAUUUAAAGGUUAAGGCAAGCAUUUUUGAAUAAUCCCUUAACAAAUUUGCAAUUCAUAUUUUUAAGAAAUACACUUGGAAUCCUUUAUAGGAAGUAUACGACGAUGCUUAGGCAAUUAAGAAGAGAGCAGUAUUAUUAAUGAUAAAAACGUAAGAAUCAGAAUAACAAAGAACAUUGGAUUAAUGGAAUAAAAAUAUUUCAUUAAUAAGAGAAGUAGAGAAAUGCAAAGUUGUGAUAAAUUUAUUCGGAUUUUUAGGAUAACAUAUCAAAAACAAUAUUGCCCCAUUAAAACCAGAUGAAGAAUCAUAAAAAAAAGAAAAAGCUUUACUUAGACUUAUAGGAAACUUUGAUAGUAAUUUAAGGUAUUUCUUUAUGAAAUGGUACAAUGAUGGCAAAUUAACAAAAUUAUAAGGUGCUAUGACUGAAGAGAAAAAGAAGUUGUUAUUAGAAGCAAUAAACAACUUCUCUAAAAAUAACGAUUUUGCAAGAUUAAGAGCUAUUCUUGCUAAAUUUAAAAGAAAUUCAAGCAUUACUGCUGUCUAAGAUAGAUUCUUUGCUAAAUUAUUUGCAACUUAAUUUGGAGGUGCUAUUGUAGCAUUCUAAAAAUGGAAAAAUUUACCAGAACCAGUUAAUACUGAAUAAUUAAAGAAUGCAAGAAAAUUUGAGAGAUAAUUAGAUGUUCUAUUCCAUGGUCACUUAAAGGUUUCUUUUGAUCCAUUAAAAGAGGAUUACAUGGAUGCUUAAAAUAUAAAGAGAAUGUGUUUAAGAAAAAUAUUUGAGAAAAGUAUGAGUGCUCAUAAAAGAUUAUUCUUACUUUGGGCCUAGUAGAAUAGAUAAGCAAAGCAAAUUGAACUAUGCAAAUUAACUACAAGCUUAUUUGUAGGUUUAGCAUAAAUUGUAACUGCCAAUGUUCAACCUAUUAUGUAAAAUCCACGAGAAGCAUAAGCCAAAGAAAAAGCUUUACAUCUAAUAUUCUAAGGUUAAACUGAAAACUUAAGUAGAGCUUUCAUUUUAUGGAGAAAUAGAGCUCAAUAGGAAAGAAUGAAUUAGAACUUUGAAGAUGCUUUAACAAUUGAGAAGAAAAAGAAAUUGACUGAAUAAUUGGUAUAAUUUGAAAAUGGAAAUAAAUUUGCUCUCUAUAGAGCAAUUUUAGCUAAAUUCUCUUUGGCUCAUAAAAAAGAAAAGUUGGUUCUUUAAAUUAAUGCAAGAAUUUUAAGAACUUAAAUAGGUGCUGUUUGGGAUACAUUUAAUAAAUGGAAGAAUCUUCCUGAAGCUAAUGCUGAAGAUUUAAUUAAAGCAAGUAAGUUUGAAACUUAAUUAAACAAAUUUGCUUUACAUAUUUGGAGAAAAAAAACUUGGAAUCCUCUCUAAGAAGUUUAUGAUGAUGCAUAAGCUUUAAAAAAAAGAGCAAUAAUUUUGAUGAUUAAGACUUAAGAAUCUGAACAAUAAAGAGCUUUGGAUUAAUGGAACAAGAAUGUUGGUUUAAUUAAAGAAGUAGAAAGAUGUAAAUGUGUUAUUGGAUUAUUUGGAUUUAUUGGACUACAUAUCAAAAACAAUAUUGCCCCAUUAAAACCAGAUGAAGAAUCAUAAAAAAAAGAAAAAGCUUUACUUAGACUUAUAGGAAACUUUGAUAGUAAUUUAAGGUAUUUCUUUAUGAAAUGGUACAAUGAUGGUAAGUUAGCAAAAUUAUAAGGUGCUAUGACUGAAGAGAAAAAGAAGUUGUUAUUAGAAGCAAUCAACAACUUCUCUAAAAAUAACGAUUUUGCAAGAUUAAGAGCUAUUCUUGCUAAAUUUAAAAGAAAUUCAAGCAUUACUGCUGUCUAAGAUAGAUUCUUUGCUAAAUUAUUUGCAACUUAAUUUGGAGGUGCUAUUGUAGCAUUCUAAAAAUGGAAAAAUUUACCAGAACCAGUUAAUACUGAAUAAUUAAAGAAUGCAAGAAAAUUUGAGAGAACUUUAGAUUCACUUUUUAGAGGCCGUGUAAAAGGUUCUUUUGAACCAUUCAAAGAUAUCUAUUAAGAUGGUAAUAGCAAAAAGUUAUAUUGCUUAAGAAAAUUAAUGACACUUGCUAUGGGUUAAAAUAAAAGAUUAUUCAUAUAUUGGAGAGAUAUAAAUAAAUUACAUAAAUAAAUAGAAACAUGCAGACAUACUACAAAUUUGUUUUAAGUUCUUUCUCUAACACUAGCUGGCCAUGUCUAAACAAUAUUUAAACCCAAUAAAUUAUAAGAAAGUGUUUUGAACAAAAUGUUAAUGAAUUAUAAUAAUUGUUUAAGAUGGGCUUUCAUUAAUUGGAAUAAUCAUACUAAAUAAGCUAAGAUUCAAACUUAACUGGAUGAUGAAAAGAAAAGAUUGUUGCUAUUUGCUCUUCAUAGAAAUUUAAGAACAAAUGAUUAAGGUAAAUUAAGAGAUAUUUUAAGAAAGUUUUAAUAGGAAAGAAAGAAUAAAGCUUUAAUUAAAAAAAUAUAAAUCUAAUUAUUGCAUACAGUAGUAGGAUAGUUAGAAACUACCUUCUAAAAAUGGAAGGCAUUACCUGAAACGAAAGAAUUAGAUUAAAUAAAAGCAAGUGUUUUUGAAAAAUCUCUUAAUCGAUUCAAAAUUCAUAUGGUUAGAAAGUCAGCAUUUAAUCAAUUAUAAAAUGUUUAUUUAGAUGGAUAAGCAAAAUAAAAAUAUGCCAUUAAUAAAAUGCUGUAUAACUGUAUGAGUGCUUAAAAGAAAGCAUUUUUGAAAUGGUACAAGGUUGUUGAAUUUAGUAGAGCAGCAGAAGCUUUCACUAUAUCAGAUAAGAAGAAACUUGCAAUUUAAUUAUUCUAUCAACAUAAAAUGAACUAAAUAAAUGUUGCUUUUGUAGAAUGGAAACGUUUAUCAUCAAGUUUAACAACUAAAAAGGAAUCUGCUUAAGAUAGAGAGACUAGAUUGAAGAAAUAAGCAAUUCUUUUAUUCUAAAACUUUGCAUAGAUAAAAUUAAGAAUAUAUUUCUAAAAAUGGAAUAUUAGAGCAGUUAAGAAGAACAUGAUCUCAGUAUUUAAUGCACUAUAAAAAUUACUUUUGUUCAAUAUGAAAUAAGAUAGAGAGUUAAUGAAAGAAGCAUUAGAUAUUUGGAGAGGACCUAAACUUUAAAAUUAAUGGUUUUAGAGAGUGGCUUAGAUGAUUGCAAAGAAUUCAAGAAUUACUCCAUAAAUUGCUUUUUGGAGAAUGAGAGAUAAUGCAACUACAUAGAAAGCUGUUAGUUUAAAUACUAUAUAAAUAGUGAAAUGCAAAAAGUUGAUAAAUAAUUUGCUGAAAGCAUACGACAGAGUUAGAUAAAGAGCAUUUACAAAUAUCGAACAUUUUGGAAGAGGAGUAACUGAUGCUAGUUCAUUCUAACCAUCACAUUCAAGUUUCUUAUAAUAGACACCAGUUAAAGAUUCUUAGAACAAAUCAUAAAUGGAAUCAAUAAUAAUAAAGCAUAGUUAAUAGGUUGCUCUUAAUACUUUGUAAAGAGUAUUCCGUAGACAUUUGAAAUUAAGAUUCACUGAAUUGAUAUUGAUAGCUUCUCAAUCAUAAAGAUUAGGUGAAUAAAUGUUGAAGAGUACUAUUUAACCAACUCAAUAUAAAUUCAUUCAUAAGAAAAUGGCAACUGAAAAGUUGAUUGGCAUAAUUGAAAGAAAUAUCUAAUUAAAAGAAUUAGUAUUUUUCAAUUCGAUAGCUAAUGUAUAAUUUUAUUUUUAAUUUUAGUAAUCUGAUCCAGAUUUGCUCUAAAGAAUGAAUGAAUUAAUUGAAGAAAAUAGUAGAUUAAGAGAUCAAGCUACUAAUGAUGAAACUAUUAAUUCUAAAGACCAAUAUAUCCAAGAAUAACAAAGAUUAAUUCAAGAUUUGAAUACACGAAUUGAUAGAAUAAGAGCAUAAAGGUAUAAUGUCUAAAUAUAAAAUAGAUUAAUAAAACUUUUGGAAUAAUAUAUGAAUCAAAAUCUUUAUGACAGUCUUAUGAUACUUUAAGAAUAUAACAAAGAAUGA